AACAAAUUGUUUAUUCGCACUCAUGGCAACCUAACCAUUCAAGUGUUGUUGACAGAGUCAAAAUUAAAAGUUUGUACAGUUAACGUGGAAACUUGUAAAUAUCUAGCUGGUUUUGAUCAAAUAAAUUAGUAAAACCUUUAGCACAGUGUUCGCUGGGCGUUAUCGCGUUUAUUGCAUGCAACUCUUGGGUGGCAAACCGUAAGAUUUUGCAAUAAUAGUACCCUCUGAGCACCCUCCAUGGAUUCAGCAGGCGAAGCGGAUGCAAAUAAUACUUCUAUUUCCGAAAGCAAUUCAAAAUUGCCCACUAUUUACUUCGGAGUUUACAUUCCCAAUGAGCAGAACGAUGGAUCUACCAAUGUGUUUGAAGAUAAGGAAUCGGCACUGAAGUUGGCCAAAAAGCAUAAAAGGUCCAGAUUUAAAUCGUUUCAAUUCUACCAUGAAGCUGUGGAUUUUUCAACAAACGGCUAUGAGGGACCAACGAGCAACUCUCUUGCUGAUAAGUGCGAUUCGGAAAAAAAAGACGUUGCAUCUCCAGUUGGUGAAAAGUCCAGUCCAUUCCGAACGCCUAGGCCUCAAGAACUGACGGAUUUUCGAGCAAAUAUUGAAAAGGGACAUUCAUAUACUGUGCGAACUAUGAUAGAUUAUAACCCACGCUAUUUGGUUAGUAGUGGAGACACUCCUUCGAUUUUACAGGAGGGGGCUCGGUUGAAUGCUUUGCAUGUGUCAGCAAAGGCGAAGAAUGCUGAAAUCACAGAGUACAUUCUUAGUACCAUCAACAACUCCGAAUUCAUUAAGAGACUAUAUGGAGAUGAAAAUCAAGAUAAUGCCGAUUCCAGGUGCAAAAUGCUACUAGAUCUUUAUUUAAACACCCCCAAUAAGGGCUUCAAUGACACGCCAUUACAUAUUGCUUCCAAAUGGGGUGCUGACACGGUGGUAGAAGUGUUGCUGUCGUAUCCUGAAUGUGAUAAAUUCAAGAAGAACAGGCACAAUAAAUUAGCUCAGGAUGUAAUUUGCGAAAGAGCUGAUGCUAAGACCCCCGUAUCAGUGAAGAAGAAAAUUCAAGAGUUAUUAAGUGAUAACUAUUAUGUGCCAAUUUUAAGAACAGAGGACAACACGUAUCCACCUUUGAUAGGCGAACCUUUUUCGCCAACUACACCAACAAUUUUCAACAAUGAUCCCUUAAGCCCUCGUUUGGAAAUACAUGCCUAUGCAGGCCCAAUGGAUCUAAAUGAAGCCAAUGUAUUUCGCAAGAAAUGGCGAACUCCACCUCGAUCAUUAAAUUUUAACUCUCCAAAUAGUGGAAGAAAGUCAGUUGCCCAUAAUUUAAACAAUCUGAGAUUAAAAGAUCCUCAAAAGGGAUUGGAAAGGGUUGGAAAAAAUUUGGCAGACGACUUCAAUGUUAGUUGGAAGGAAUACUGGGGGUUUCUAGACUGUUUUGUUGACAUCUCUUCAGAGGAGGGCCUCGAUCGACUGGAGACGUACCUAAAAAGCAAAGAACAAACCCUCCAAGUUGAAGAACUGUCCCCAAUCCUUAGUCAAGCUGACAGUGCGGUAAGCCCUAUAACCAAUCUAUGUGAAGCGUUUUCAGCUUGUAAAAUUGACGAUUCGAAUUCCGAUUUUUGCGAGCUGGAAAGACCUGUUGACUGCCGUCCAUUAAUUUAUGUAGACAAAGCUUGCCAGGUAUUCGCCAAUCGAAUUGUGACUAGUGUUUUGACUAUUUUGAGGUGCAGCGAAAGAGAGUACGCAAAUACCCUAAAACGCCUAGAAACUGAUAUAAAACUUCUGGAGCUAUUGAUUAAUAGUUAUAUGACUGACGACCGAUUCGCGUUUUCGGUUAAUUUCCAAAAAAUGCAUUCAAGAUUGGCGCAUCUAAUUGCCUGUAAAGUCUUGAAAAACUAUAACGACUGUAAACUGUUGGUGAUCACGAAACUGGAAAUCGUUUUAGACAGUCUUGGGAAAAGAUCUGAUUAUUUCUCCUCUGACGAUGAAAGUACAAUUUCUAAGAACAUUUCUCCUAAGCCUACGAUGUAUAGACACCAGGUGAUUUGUGUGCUAACAAGGAUAAAAAGUAUACUAGAAUUUUCUCCUGCUCUAAUCGAGGGGCAGGAUGAUUUGCUUACGAUGACUACAUGGAAGCCAUUUGAAAUGUGCAACUGCGUGUUUCAUACGCGAAAACCCAAGCGAAAUAUUCUAUCACGAAAUGGUAGCCAGAAACUCCGAAAACUAGAGUUGCAGAGCGUCUCAAAAAAACUGUGCUUUGGGGAGGAAUUUGAAACUGACGGUAAUUUGGUUGGGGCCAAUGGAGAUUUGGGUUUAAAUAUUAAUAGUGACGAAAGCUCCAAGUCGGAUUCCGAUGACGAAUUUUACACACCGCCCAUGUCUCCAAGCAAGAUUAGAAGCUCCGAGACAUCGGACUCUGAAGAGCAAUUUACCGAUGCGGAGUUACCACAGAUGGAAAUGUUUCUAGAAGGGAGUUUUCCAACGAAAACCGACUAUAUGGUGUUUGAAGCUCUGAGAUAUGCAAACUGCGAGGUUGAUAGAAUGAAGCAUCCAACUGUAUACGAAUGGCGCCACUCUAUAAGUCUAUACAGGGAAUCCGAACGAGAGGCGUGGCCAAGUCCGCAUAACAAAAAUGAAACCAUAGAGCCACAAUCUCCUGAGCCAGCGUUCUCCUCUCCGAAACCAUCUUGGUUGCGGAUUACUGGAGCAAACUCUCCCCGGCUAGCCAUCAAGUCGAUGAAUAAACGAGGUAAUCGUUAAAACCGUUGCAGACUUUUCCGUUGAAUUUUUACCAAAUUACUAACUAAACCUGAGCUAAACAGUAUUUAAUACAUUAACAUUAAACUGUCUAAGAGUCUUAAGUUUAUAUGGUAAAUGGUUUGUGUUUGUUCAAUUUGUGUUCUGGUGUGUUUGAUUUAAUAUUAACAAUAUUCAGUACAAUCUAAACUAAGGUUUGACUUAUCGCUGCAAGGAUGUUCCCUAAAAGCGAACAACUGACCGAACUUUUCAAAUUGGUAAGUAAGUAGUCCAAAAAUAAUCAACGUGGAAUCGUUAAGUUUCAUGAUUGUAUUCAUAUUUUAUUUCCAAUUGUGACUAUUUGUUUAACAUGAGAAUAGUUUCUGUACAUUUUAAUCCGUUCGUCCAUAUGAAAAUGACGCAAAACCAGUAAACUUGUUUUUGACUUGACUAAAGGAAAACGUUUCCACCAUGUAUUGCCACAACAUGUAUAUAGAAUUAAACAAUUUUUGUGUGCAUUUAAAAAUAUUCCAGCAAUCAAGCAUUCUUGGCGGUUAAUUAAACGAAACAGUUUAUCUAAAUAUGUAUAGACAAGAAAAUAUUUGUCUGUUGUUUUUUUUAAACUUCUUGGUUUUGAGAGAAGAUUGUGUGUAUGAUUUUCAUCAAGCAGAAAACCCAGUCUAGGCGAUAUCGUUUUUUAAUGUCCUGGUCGCAUUUUAAAUUGUAAUUCAUUGUAAAUUGUCUUCUCAAAUAAAACUAAGUUUGUAUUCCUUAA